UUCAGGAUGCUCUCAGUGAACGAUCCGAGUGCGUUGCCGGGCAUGUUGCCGUUCGACUCCAUCGGGCUCUACGAGCAGCCCAAGCCGCGCUUCUUCUUCAAAAUGCCCCGCGUCGUCCCCGACCAGAAGGCCAAGUUCGAGUCCGACGAGCUCUUCAGGCGACUCAGCAGGGAGAGUGAGGUACGAUACACCGGAUACAGGGAUAGGCCUGCUGAAGAAAGACAAGUGAGAUUCCAAAAUGGGUGCAGAGAAGGACAUACAGAAAUAGCUUUUGUGGCGACUGGUACGAACCUUCAACUAGUGUUUAAUAUUGGAGCCAAUGGCUACCAUCUGGGUGCUGCAAAUAGAGAAUGCGAUUUCGACAAGGAAAGAGGAAAGGUUCAUAUACGAUCACAUUUUAUAAUGAAUGGUGUUUGUGUUAGAUGGAAAGGCUGGGUCGAUUUAGAGAGACUGGAUGGCGUUGGAUGCCUGGAAUUCGACGAGGAGAAGGCAAUGAUAGAAAACUCUCUGUUACACGAUCAAAUGGAGAGGUAUAAUCAGAAACUACGAGACUUCGAGGAGAACCGACGGGCGUACAGGGCACAGUCAGACCGAUCGCACAAAUUUUUGAACACCCACGCCCCCACCGAGGCAGCCGAUUCGAUAAUGGGUGCGCACCGACUCGGAAAUUGUUAAACGUCUCCCACCAUUCCCUUUCGUGUUGUUCCGGCGUUUCUUUCAAUGAACCUAAGAAGAGAACUCUGCAACACCCGCUUGACUUCCGCGAACUUCCGCAGGCAUGCUGAUAACUACGUAGAGGUACAGAAGUGACAAAAGCAGAAACCAUCAACCCUCAUAGUGGCACGAUCUGAGUAAAUGUUUUAGGACCCUCAUACUUCAUUCUUUUGAAGACAUUCUUUGAAAAAAGCAGGGAUUUUGAAUAAGUCUGAAUUUUUCAGGCAUGUUUCUGUAACGAGUAGAGUUUAUGGAAUGACAUCGUUCAAUAUUUGCUCUGCGUCAAUAUUUUGCUUUUAAUUUAAUGAUGGAUAAAUUUCGCAGGUCUCCUCGCAAUUUAAAUAUUUUAAGUUAAACUGGAAAUGUUUAUUUUUCUGUCAUAAAAUACCUAACAGUUGUCCCUAAAUGAUUUUGAGGUUUAAUGGUUUUAAUGAUUUUCGAUGUUUUCGGAAGUCAUCAAGUGAAAUUUUACAAACCAAUAUCUACUGUCAAAUAGUAUUGAACAGGACCAAUUAAAAUGUGGCCCGUAUUUUUCGGCUAUAAUGAGAAACCCUGGUCCCUGGUCUGAAUUAUGUUCAACAAAAACACUAUCUCUUCAAUUUGCGUUUGAUGGCAGACUCCUCACCUAAACAUUGUACUGAAACGCCCCCUUCCCUUUCUUCCCUUUUUGCAAUAUUUCUUUUUCUUGUAAGUAUUUUUAUUUGUUUUAAGUUUAGUCACUAGAAUAUACUUUUAUAAAGUUUAAGUAUUUUUGUGAAAAGUUUAAUCUUUAGGUGUACCUUUCAAUGUAAUGUGUAAACCUUUGUUUAGUACUUAUUUCUGUUAUUUUAAUUUCCUGGUGAGUAAAAUUUCUGUUAAAAUAAUA